CACAGCAGUGCCACCUGUCAGUAUCUAUCAAUGCUAUCAGUGCUCAUCAUUGCCACCUGCCAGUGCCCAUCAGUGCACAUCAAUGCCACAUAUCAGUGCCUACCAAUGUACAUCAAUGCCACAUAUCAGUGCCCAUCUGAGCUGCCUUUCAGUGCCACAUAUCAGUGCCAGCCAGUGCCACCUAUCAGUGCCAGUCAGUGCUGCCUAACAGUGCCAUGCCCAUCAGUGCCACCUAUAAGUGCCCAUCAGUGUAGCCUAUCAGUGCCCAUCAGUGCAGCCUCAUUAGCGCACAUCAGUGAAGGAGAAAAAUCACUUAUUUACAAAAUUUUAUAA